AUGGACGGAGGAUAUACGCUUCGCACCAGGAAGAUCAUGACAAAUAAGCUUCUUCACAGACUUCAGAUGGUUGUUGAUGUGAUCCAUCCAGAACUUGGAGGAGUAUCCGUAGAAAAACUCAAAGAAAGGCUUGCAAAAACCUACAAGGCCAAACCAGAGCAGAUUAUUGUUUAUGGAUUACAAACAGCCUUUGGAGGGUCAAGAUCGACUGGGUUUGCACUCAUUUACGAUAAUAAAGAUUUCCUUGCCAAGUUCGAGCCAAAAUACAGACUCAGAAGACUUGGGCUGCUCCCUGCUAAAACUGGAUCGAGGAAACAAAAGAAAGAAUUGAAAAAUAAGAGAAAGAAGGUCAGAGGAAAGGCAAAGGCUACUGUUGGUGUUGGCAAGAAAAAGAAGUAA